AUGACGGAGAUAUUAUGCCGAUUACGUACCGAUCAUGCCAUGAUAUGCAGAAGAGUCUGCAAGCAAUGGAAUUCCUUAAUCCAAGACCCAUAUUUUAUACAUAAAAAUAUGUAUCAUGCCAUCUUUUUUAACGUUAGCUGGAGAGUUGAAGGAGCUUUACGUGACGAUGGCAGCAGUCACAGCUUCGAGCUUAUAGCUCAGAGCUACGGCGUACUCAUCGAGAGGAGCAGCAACGCGAGGUAUCGUAUUCGAAACCCAGCAACCAAACGAGUACUUAAUCUUCCAACUCCGAGUUUCGCUACUAUGGAUCAUCAAAUCACCAUUUGUUACGACUGCAAAACUAGGAUGUAUAAACUCGUCGCUGCGUAUUCUUUCCAAAAAGAAACUAACAGCCGAGGCGGUUGUGAAAUUCUAACACUUGGUGAUGAUCUUUCAUGGAGAAUCAUCGAGAUCCCUAGCUUACACGAUCUUGAUCUCGAAAAAGAGAAAAUUAUGUUUAAUAUGGAACGCCCAGAUCGACAAAAUUUCCAUCUGAUGAGAAUUACAAGUAAUUUAGCUCAAGUGGUUACAAUAAGAUUGAAAGAUGAGGUUGUGUUUGUUAACACUUUACCUCAAGGAAUAUUUACAAACCUUGAUAGGGUUUCGAAUUUUUACUAUUUAGCAAGGUGUUUCGAUUAUGAUCGGAAUACUGUAUUUCCUGGAUUUGCCGCUAUAGUACACAGGAAACUGCAUUAUGUGCUUUUAGAAGAUUUUAAGGAAAAUGAUUUUGGUAGAAAAUUAGUGAUGGACUUGGAUUUUAUUAAAGGAAAAUAUAUUGAGAGAGAUGUAAAACCACUGUUCUGUAUUAAUUAUUGGACGUUUUUUGCCAAAGGAGAGGAGCCAAUAAUUUAUAAUCAUCACGUUUGCUGGAGAGAAUUUGCAAUGGAGAAGAUCGCCAGAAGCACAAAUUAUAUACAUCUAUCUCAACAUCGCCAGAUUCUGGGCUCUUACAGUUACAGCUUAUUGAGUUUCAAGGGAAUGCAACCCGAGGACUAA